ACCCAGCACCACCAGACUUGACAAAAUUAACCAGUGGUCAAGCCAAAACCCACAAACCGUGACAACAACGCCGUACGCUUCGCAAAUCGACAAGAACAUUCUCUUGCCCCCAAAUCAAUCACAAUGGCGAAGCGCACAACCAAGGUCGGUAUCACCGGCAAGUACGGUACUAGAUAUGGUGCCUCCCUGAGGAAGCAGGUCAAGCGUAUGGAAAUCAGCCAGCACGCCAGGUACACAUGCACCUUCUGCGGCAAGAACACCGUCAAGAGGCACUCGGUUGGCAUCUGGAACUGCGGUGCUUGCAAGAAGACCAUCAGCGGAGGAGCCUACGUCGUCUCGACCCCCGCCGCCGCUGCCGCCAGGUCGACCCUCAGGCGUCUGCGUGAGAUCGCCGACGUUUAAAUCAGCAUUCUUCCACACGAGUCUCUUUGUUCCUUUUUCCAAACAAUGAUCGAUCGACCAGGUCCCGGAUUGUGAGCAAUCGAGCGGGGUAUCCGAAAGGGCGACGAAUGCAAUGGUUCAUGGGGGGACAGCAAAAAAUCAUGGAUGGUGACGGAAGUUUCUGGGACUGUCCUUCGGCGUUAUUUAAUGGCAAAUGGAAUGGCUUUUUCGGCAUUGUCUUUAUUGUCCUUUCAGCAGCGUGCCAUACGAGUGACGACGGUCAAUUUCUUACGUCUCAUUGAAACUGCGACACAGAACCGGACCAUGCAGGAGCUAGCAGGACCUUGCCCCGAUUUCAGGGUCCUUGAUCAAGAAAUACUGGUUGAGGCAUCUGCAGCUUUUCCAAUCUAGCUCAUCGAGAGUUCAUGAAUUAACACGACUGCAAGUUGGCAAAACUUCCCAUCGGUU